AUUUCUCUUUCAGAACUCCUCCGCAUUAAAUGCAAGCAGGCCCCUCUUUCCUCUCCCCUUGGUGAAACAUGUAACACCAUACAAAUAUAUCAAUAGAUAUUGGAAGCUGUAGCUCCAGCCUUCUGCCUCUCAUUUCCUUGGUGCUUUCAGCUAUUCUCCUCUUGCUGGUCUGAGGUUUGUGCUUUGGUUUUGGGAUGAUGAGUGGGAGGAGCAGCAGCUGCAGGCAUCCCUUCACACCAUCUCAAUGGCAGGAGUUGGAGCACCAGGCUCUCAUCUUCAAGUAUAUGGCCUCAGGAAUCCCCAUCCCUUCUGAUCUCAUCCUCCCCUUAAGGAGGAGCUACCUUCUGGACUCCACCAUCACCUCCCCAACUCUGGCCUUCCCUCCCCAGCCUUCAAUGAACUGGGGCUGGAACCAGGUGGGUUUUGGCAGGAAGGCAGAUGACCCAGAGCCAGGUAGGUGCAGGAGAACAGAUGGGAAGAAAUGGAGGUGUGCCAAAGAGGCCUACCCAGACUCCAAAUACUGUGAGAGGCACAUGCACAGAGGCAAGAACCGUUCAAGAAAGCCUGUGGAAAUGUCUUUGGCCACCACUCUCCCCUCUUCCACCACUUCCACCACCUCCUCCACCUCCCACAACCCCUCCCCCUACCCCCCUCUUCCUCUCUCCAUCUCCACCCCAGACUCUUACCACCUUCUGUAUCCCUACCACUCCUCUUCCAGGCCACCUGGUGUUGUCCUCAACACUCCCCACUUCAAUCUAGACACUCCAACCUACACCCAACCUGACAAAGACUACAGGUAUUGUCAUGGAAUGAAGGAUGUGGAUGAGUACAGCUUCUUUUCAGAGGCCUCAGGAAGUGAGAGGGAGAGCUCAUGGCAGUUCAGGCCACUAGGAAUGAGUUUACUUGGAGAGAGCAAGCAAGGGAGCUCUGCUCUGCAGCAGAACGCUUACUCCCAGUGCGAGAGGGACGCAGAGGAGAAGCAGCAGCAGCACUGCUUUGUUCUGGGAGCUGACUUCAAGCUGGAGAGGCCUGGGAAGGUGGAUAGGGAGCAGGAGGGCCAGAGGCCUCUGCGCCAUUUCUUCGAUGAGUGGCCGCAGAAGAGCAAAGACUCAUGGGUGGAUUUGGAGCAGGAGAACUCCAACCAGGCUUCUGCUGCCUACUCCAAGACCCAGCUCUCAAUCUCCAUUCCCAUGUCCCAUCACGACUUCCCGGUUACCAGUUGCCGAUAUCGCAAUGAUGACUGAGUUCUGAAAGGCUUUCUGUGUGAGUUGGGACCAAAGAACUCAUUAAAGCUCCAUGGUAUCUUGUCAGACUAGCUGUUUUCUAAUAGCCUUCAAUGCCCUCCUUGUUUGUUACCCAUUUGUUUGUUCAUUUUCUUUCUCACUGAUUCUGGGACGACUUUACAUUCCUCUUUUUGUUUCCUCUGGUUUUGUUUGUUUCAAUGGCUGAGGAGAAGCUUUUAGGAAUCAGUAGAUUGUUUCAUCUAUAAUAUGUUUAUGAUGUCUUUUGUUACCUCUAUUACCUGUUUAUUAAUAGUAAUCUGGUUUUUCUGUGGACCC